UUUCUUUAAUGACAGGAGCUAAUUUAUUCCCCCGUGUCUCUUUCUCUUCACUCCUGAACAGCCAAGCCAGUCGGAUUAACGUCACAGAAAUCAUGGAAGUCAACUCUCUAUUUAUUGCCUUGAUAUUCCCUGUCAUUGCUGUUGCCCAGGUUACCAACACAGUCUAUCUAGACAACUCAGCGGGAAAUGAGUGUGGUAAAUCCACCAAGCUCACGAGUGGAUCCCAGAUCCGCCUGAGCACCAACGGAAAGACAGAGGACGGGUACUGUGGCUUCCUCAUCCAUCGUAUCUCCGACCCCAACACCAAGUGCCCUUUUCCAGGAAUGUGCGCACGCAUCGACAACUCUAAAAUGACGUCUUGUCAAUCCAAGGUUGCUUUUACAGGAAAAUAUUUCGAUAAAACACCAGACAGCACACAGGAACUUAGCUGUUACAUAAAACCAAAAGGUGCCCAGUUCUGUACACAGGCGCCAGCCAUGCGCAUUGAGGUGACAGAAACGCCAGACUAUGCAAUGAAAGAAGCUCAUGAUUACGGAUUCAACAUCACUGUGUACUCCCAGUGUUUUGACAACAGAGAAGCUGUUAUUGUGGAAUAUGUUGAAGAUGAUUAUAGGGCUCCCAACUUGGAGGAGGGUUGGCAUAUGAAUUACGUGUUGGGUGUCGUCACAGCUGCGUGCCUCUGUAGUAUAUUCCUUAUCAUAUUGUGUACAGUCAGAAUGUACACCCGCAAUAAUCCAAACUACAGAAACUUAAGUAGCGAAGCCAAAAAAUAAAGCGACACCACAGUGACCAUAGCAAAAAAUAUCCCAAUUUCUCAUUUAAAUUACCCUUUUUCUUUUUUUUUUUUAUAGUAUUAGUAGUGUUCUGUGUACUUGUAAUCGGGUCUCACUAAUGAACAGUCUUUGCAAUCUAUCUAUUGCACUAUCAUAACACGCCACCACUAACAUAUAUUAUAGUAGUUUGCAAACUUUGAUAUGUAAUUUCUUUAUUGAUCAGUGAUAUGAAAAUUGCUUUGAAUAUAUGAGAUGUUAAUUUUCUACAUUCAGUUUGUAAAAUUAAUUCAUUUGUUAUAAUAACAUCGUAAUGUUUAAAUUAUAAUCCUUGAUACUGACACGAAGAAGUCUAAGUUCUGUGUUGUUAGAACUGCAUGCACAAGAAAAUGACAAAAGAAACAGGAAAGAAAAUGGCAUGAAUGCAAGAUAUAAACGCUCACUUUUCAUUUGCUUUUUUGAUAACAGACUGAUAGAAAAUGGCUGAGAUUGCUUACAAUUUCUAGGAAAUCUUUGAUGAAAGCUAGGAAGUCUUUAACAAAUGCUUUUAAAAUUCAGAUGAUCUUGAACAUUGUUGCAUGAUGAAGACGGAAAUUUUUGUCUUUGGAGAUUUCAAGAUCAGCUGUUUAGUAGAUAGAGUUAUAAGAAUGGAAUAAUUGUUCGCACGUAAAAUGCUAGCUUUUUUAAAAUUCUGGGUCCCUAUGACCAUGCAUGUUUUCGCUAACUGACAGAAUGGCUUGCUUUUUUACAGACUACAAAGCUCCGGAUCUAGAAGCAGCAUGGAGGAAGAACUACAUCCUAGGAAUUGUCGUGGCUUGUUGUUUAUGUAGCAUUUUCCUGAUCCUUUUGAUUAUUUUGAAAUUUUACUAUAGAAACAAGCCUUACGCUGGA